AUGGUGAAGCUCUUGCUGGCCGCCGGUGCCGAUCCGCACGGUGUGACGGAGAGCGACCGGAUGAACGCCCUCCACGUACUCGCCGAACAGGACCAUCGCAACCCCGCUUGGCAAGACACGAAGGGAGGAAAAGAGGGCGAGGACGCCUCGGUUGCGUAUUCGCCCAUCUUCGAGAUGCUGGUCAAGGCCGGCGCCGAUCCCAAUGCAACCAACGCCAUGGGCGAGGGGGUGCUGCACCUGUUGUGCCUGCGUGGUCACACGGAGGCCGUGCGUUGGCUGCUUUCGCGUAAGUUGUUCAGCGACAUCAACGCGACCAACGCGCACGGCGACACCGCCCUGCACUACGCAUCGAGGAAGGGCCACAGACAGAUCGUAGACCUCUUGCUGGCCCACGGCGCGUCUCCCGCGCACCAAAGCGAGUUUGGAACCCCGCCCCAGGUGGCCGGCGAGUUUCAGCAGAAGGACGUGGCGUCCCUCCUGAGCGGGCUGGCGCGCGAUCAAGACGCCGUCGGCAUCUGGUCUCUGCCUCCUGAGGUCCUGGUGCACCUCCUGUCGUACCUGGGCACCGCAGAGGACCUGUGCGCCGUUUCCAUGGCAUGCCGGGCGUUUGCGGUGGUGGGCAGGGACGAAAGCCUGUGGCGUCCGCUUGGCCACCCCUCCUGGGAACAGCACCACGCCCGCACGGAGGAGGGCUGGAAGGGGGCCUACAUGACCUGGCUCCGCGCUGCUGCCAAGCGAUACAGGAACAAGAACGCAAGUCGGUUCGUGCAUGCGCCGGUGGCCCAGGAGGGUCAGCCAGCUCCGACCUACAGCUGCAUCGUCAAGAUCCUGCUGGCGGGCGAUCACGGAGUGGGCAAAUCGAGCCUUCUGCUGCGCUACGCGGACAACACGUUCUCCGAUCAGCACAUCUCCACCAUCGGAGUCGACUUCAAGAUCCACAUGUGCGACGUCAGCGGCGAGCUCAUCAAGGCCCAAAUCUGGGACACGGCCGGACCCGAACGUUUCAGGACGAUCACUGCGUCCUACUACCGGGGCGCCAACGCCAUAGCCAUCCCCUACGACAUCACCGACAGGGGGUCCUUCGAGGGCGUGUUCCGGUGGUGGGAGGAGAAGCAAAAGUACGCGCACGAAAAUGCCGCGGUGAUGCUGGUCGGCUGCAAGCGCGACCUCGCGGACCAGAGGGUGGUCACCGAGGAAGAGGGACGGGCGGCGGAGCUGGGCGUGCUGUUCGCCGAAUGCUCGGCCAAGACGGGCGAGGGCGUGCGAAAUGCGUUCGACCUGCUGGUGGAGCACGUCGCCGGCGGCUGGCGCACCGUGGGCGGAAUGGAGACGCCCGCCUACGUCCCCGCCGAGGCCACGUUCGCCCUCUACUGCGGUCCCGCCGGCGCCGGCGCCGACGCCAGUCCGCUCCAGAAGGCCAAGAAGGAGGCCAAGUGCUGUCUUCAGUAG